UCUGAAUCGGUCUGAACAAUCCUGUUUCUUCUAAAUUCUGUUUAUAACUAUAAUUUACUGUCAUUAUUUGGGAUUCAAAUUUUAUUAUAUACAUAAAAUGACGAGCAUUAAAAAUGCACUGCAGUUAGUACGAGCAGACGAUUUUGUUGAAUAUUAUUUGUUUCCUUCAAUAGAUUCCAGAGAUGAAAAAGAUCAAGAGACGACUUUAAAUACUGUAUUACAAAAAGCGAAUAAAAUCGUCGAGAAAUAUGCAAAAAAUUACUUGUGGCAUAAAGAUGCGUUUAAACUCACCAUAAGAACAAGUCAUAGUAAUUAUUUGAGGCACAUAGAGGACAAAAACGACAUUUUACCACCUCAUUUAUAUGGGGUGUCGCAUUAUGGAGAUAAUAUUGAGGACGAAUGGUUCAUGGUAUUCAUUCUUCGAGAGCUCACUCGUGAGGUCACAGGAACAAUUGGGAGAAUUUAUGACUCGGAUGGGGAGUUUUUAUUGAUUGAAGCAGCAGAUUUUUUACCAAAUUGGGCAAAUCCCGACACUUGUGAAAACAGGGUGUACUUUUAUGAUGGAAAACUUCACCUUAUUCCCCCCGAGGAUCCGGAAAACCCGUCCAUUUCAAUAUCUACAGCGUUGUCAAUGAUUUGGGCUGACCCAGGAAUAUUUUUAACUUCCGAUGAGAUUCAGAAUUCAAUUAAAAACAAACUUAGCAAUUUCCCAGAUAACAUAAAAGACAAUCUUCACUGCACCACCAUUCUCGUUCCCACCAUGGUGGCCGCCAUUCUUAGACACAGGCCCAGUUUAAUCGCCCCAGCGGUCCAAGCAUUUUGUAAUCGAGACCCGCUCGAUUUGAAAGCUUGUAGGGCCAUGAAAUACUUUCCCCCUGAACAAAGGGUGAGGACGAGGGUGACCUUUACAAAGUGCUUGUACGCGAUGUUAUUGCACAGUAAAUAUGUGCCUGACCGCCGCACCGGUUGGAAUUUGCUGCCAGUAGGUGACCCAGAGUAUAAAACACACGUCUUGGGCGUCAAAGUUGCCUGCGGCUUUGAAAUCCUCGUAUCCCAGGCCAAACCGAGCGAUGACGUCGAAGGGGAUAAGGGCUGGCAUACUUAUUUGGAAAAUUUAAAGGAGAAGGGGUAUUUUAAAGGUUUCCUCGAGCACUCGAGAGAUUAUAACAACCUGUUAAACAGAGCCAAGGAAUAUUACGCGGAUUACAGGGACUCGAUGCAUUAUUGCCCAGCUAUUGGUCAGGAAGUGUUGUCCUUGCUGAAGUCGAUUGAUAUUAAUUUUGAACAGUUUCAAAGUGAAGGAGAUAAUUUAGAAAAAGACGACGACGACUCGUGGUUAAAUAUAAGCCCCGAGGAGCUGGACAGAAUGCUCCAGGAAAAAUACGGGCAGCGAAAAAUGUUCAGCGCUACAAAUGAUUCCGACGCGGGAACUUUUGCCGAGAAAGUGAACGCUUUCCUUAGUCACGUGUCGGACGUCGAAGGGGCGGAGUUCCCCGAAUCGUCCCCGGUCAAACCGGCGAGGCGAAAAAACAAGAACAAAGUGUCUUUCUCCUCGGAUGCUAAAGAAAAGGAAAAUUCGAAUAAUAAAGUAAAUUUCGAUCCGAAUUCGUUCGCAUGCGCAGUACAAAACAUCCUGAAUUUCGUAAUACCCGAGGACGACUCGUGGGACUUAGAUUCGGGUUCGGAUAUGAGCGAGUACGAAAACGACGAUUACGUCAACACGGAAACGUGCGAGGAUGUUAAAAACAAAAUGGAGACGUACAUGGACGAGAUGGACAAAGAACUGGCGGCGACCACUAUCGGGCAAAGCUUUGAGAAGAAGAACGACGACGGGUUCGAAGAUAUUGAAAAUUUCAAACCCGUAGAUAUAGACAUGAACGCCUUGAAGAAUAUCCUGGAGAGUUACAGGUCGCAGAUCGGGGAGGCUGGGCCCUCGAGCAACAUGUUAGGCCCCAUGGGCGUACAUUUAAACCCCAAGUAAUAAAUUUAAAUUUGGUGACACCAGGGAUCUGUAACUUACAAAACUGAUUGCACACGGCAUAGUAUUUUAAUUAACGACAGUUGGCACUGACAGUUUAUGUUGGCAAAGCCCCGUUUUUUUGGUGAAUAACUCGUAGAUGUUUUUUUCGUUAUAGAUCAUAUAACGUCUUAUCGCGAAAUCGCGUUCUUUUACUUUUUAACAAUUGGCAUCCCUGGACAAAAUUCACACUUGCCCUUAUCACACAAACGUAAACUAAUUGCACUUUUGUUGAGAAAUUAGGGAUUUUUUGCGCCUCUUCGAUUUCAUUCUUAUGAAACUUUAUUUGUUAUUAACCGUCAUAACUUAUUUUUUCUGACGUUAUUUUGACAUUUUUAGUUUUGGCACGUACUUUUUUGAUGACGUAGGAAAGGUUAGAUUAAGCCUGGGUUUCUUUCGUUAUUCUAAUUCAAUUCAAUGGAAAAUGUAAAGCUUUCGCUUGCAGAAGGGCACCUGGCGUGAAUAACAAUCGUAAACGUUAAAGCAAUAUUAUUUUAUGCCACAUUUUUGUUGAUUAUGAAUUAUAUCUCACAUUAAUAUUUAAAAAAGGAUUUAGACUAGCAUUGGGUCGUCAUUAUCGCUAUACUGCAUUUACUUUCCGAUAUUUCGCAUUUUUUAAAAAUCUAAAUGGAAAACUAUAAAUGUCUGUUACAAAAAUUAAUCUUCAUAGGAGUGACUCAAAUAUGUAGCGACCAUAGAAACGACUUUAUAGAGAUAAAAUAAAAUUACACCAAAAUAGAAGGUGCAAUAGAUCCCUAUUAUCAGUUCUCAGAGUCGGUUUGUUCUUUGGGACUAGAAAAUAGCAUGUUUAAAAACAUGUAAUUAGUAGCAGACGAGCCGGUGGAUUUGCCAAAUUGUUAAAAGCUAAGAUUGCAAACCCAUGUGCACCAGUCGGUUUUAAAGUUACCGAGUCCCUAGUUGAAACAUUGCGCCAGUGCUUAUUAGGUUAUAUACAUAUUCUAUUGUAACUUGAAUUAUUAAGUUUUUAUUAUAACGGAUUUUUUUAGUUGAUUUAAAUGUGAUGAUAUUGAUUGAUUGAUCUAUUCAACUUCAACCUUCAAUUAUUUGUUGUAUACAAUAUUGAGAAAUCGUGCUGUCAAUGUAUUAUGUGAUAGCAAAAGGCCAUUUUCGCGUUAUUCAAAUGAUUAUUUUCAUGUCUAGUCCGUUAAUCUUAGUAUUUUUUUUGUACUUUUGUAUUUGAUGGUUUUAAAUUACACAAUAUACAAACAUGCUUUUUUUUGCGUCAUAUAAAUACUUCGCAGGGUGUUGGUAAGUAUCGAUUUUAACUUUCAUAAACUAUACAUUCAAAGUUUACAUUCACUGCAGUGUAUUUUGUACAUGAAUACUACUUCUAGGUAGGAUUAGAAUAAUUGGGCGACAUUAGGAAUCCAAAUGCUCGUUGGCUUACUUGCUCUACUGUCCAUAAUUUGCUAG